UGCUGAUAGGAUGAGCAUAUCUUCCUGCCAAAGCUGCAGUGAUGAUCGCCGCUGUAGUUACAUGAGGAUUUGUAUGUGUAGAUUCAGCUUUUAUUAUUUUAGUUCCGUUCGUUUUAUAUUUAUAUAUUUUAUUACAGCAUUUUUACAUGAAUGUAAAAUAUUGUUUUUCACAAUUUCAUGCUUACAUUGGGAGAGGAACAUUUUAGGAAAUGGUCUGUUUGGCUGUUUGAGGGUGUGUAUUUUAUGUAGGCAUAUCUCAGUUAUUGGACUGUUGCAACCUAUUUAGUCAUUGAGACUUAUAACACACCUUGUUUUAUUGGCACUACAAUGACAUUUAUAAGGAGAGAGGACUUUAAAGACUCUUCAAACAAGUGAUUUUGGUAGUACAGGUGCAAUUGACCUGUUUUUUAGUGUUAAUGAUCUGAAUGCUGCUGGAGCGAUUCAUGAACAACUGGUACCUUGGAAAAGGAAAUGUAUGAACAAACUCUGAAAAUAAAUUCUGUCUUCCUUCCUUGAUCUCCACAAAAGGAAACAAGGAGAUCCUAAACUGACGAUCGAAUAACUCCAAAAACUUUACCUUGCACAUCUGUCCUAGAGAGCGCAGUAUGGAUAAGAAUCAGGUUUUGCAGUUUAAUCUGCAUGUUUCAGAAUGCUGACAAUUUGGCUAAUAUAAGCAAAAUGUUUUUCAUUAUUAUUAUUAUUGUAAAUUAUACAAACAACCAUGGAAAUAUGUAGAAGAUGGUAGUAUGGUCAUGCAAUGGACUCUGUAAAAAGUUAAUGGAAGUAGAUUCCAGGAGAUUAACAUUAUGCCUUUCAUGUACACACUACCUGUGCCAGAAUAACCAAAAGCUGACAAAUGAAUGCAUGCCUUAUCACUGUUUGUUCACAGUAUAUAUAGCAGCAUAAAUAUGGUCAUUUUAAAAACUUUUUAAAUAUUUUAAAAAUACUAUUAUUAAUACUAUUAUUUUAUGCACUUGUAUGUUAAAUACUUGUUUGUUUCUUAUGGACUGGCGAUAUGUUUACAUCUGUAUUGCUUUGAAGCGAGUAGUAUCUGGCUGUUCAUGUGAUCUCAACACAGUGGUCCCCGUGAGGCGACCCGCUCCAUGUAAAAUAAAAUCAAAUUGUAUUAGGGUACUGAUGACUGGAGUCUUCAUCUCAUGUGAAUGUACCAUUUAACAAUUUAUUUGCACUAUUCCUUUAUUUGUUUAAAACAUUUUUUACUGAUGAAAAGGUUAGUGAACGAUAAAGCUCUGUACAGACUAUUACUGCCACCGAGUGACCAACUCGUGAAAUUGCAAGAGUGAUAAAUAGCCAGUCACUACGUCGUGACAAAAUUAUAUUUGGUCAUGCUGAGACAGUGAGUAAAUGUUUUUUCCCUGCUAAAAUCGUUACGCUGAAUGACGCUUAUUGAUCGCUUUGCAAACUUUCUAAACAGUAAUGGGUGUAACUACGUUAGAAACUGGACCAUUGUGAAUAGGCUAUUUGUUCGUUAAAAGUGAGUAUUUACAACAGUACAGUGAGCAGAGAAUCGAGAAAGAAAAACUAUAUCUGCAAGUUCUGAUCUAUUGUUGAUUUGAAAAAAGUUCCCGCUGUUCUCCAAAGUAGUAGUGAGGGAAGAACAAAAAGAUGUCUUGUCCACGCUCACUCAUUUUGUAUAGGGUCCUGAAGUCUGCAGUGUCCUUCACUUGUAGGAAGUUUUCCAUGGGUCAAAUAUCUCGACAAGGAAAGGCACCUGAUAUGGCUGAAGUUCGCAACAGGCUGAGAGAGAUAGUCGGUGCAUCUACCAACUGGCAAGACCAUCAGCAAGUAUUGGCUGAGCGUGCAUCACUAAACCAGUAUCUUGCUCAGAGUCAGGAUGAACUUCCUGCAAAAAGAAUGAAAGACAGUGCAAUUGAGGCGCAUCUUCCUCUGGGUACCCAGCCUGCCUUGAGAGAGAAAUAUCUCAACUCUCACAAUGCUGUCAGGUUUGGUCGGAUUUUGGAGGACUUGGACUGUUUAGGAGUGCUCAUCUGUUACUCUCACACAUGGAAUGAGGAGCUACAAAGAUCUCCACUGUCUAUUGUCACCGCUCUUGUGGACAAGAUCGACAUGAGACAAAACAUAAUCUACCCAGACUGUGACAUCAAGUUCACGGGUCAUGUUACAUGGGUUGGCAAAACCUCAAUAGAAGCUAAAAUGCACAUGUCUCAGUGCAAAGAUGGUGCGUUCACAGAUGUAUUAGAUGCUACAUUUGUAAUGGUGGCUCGAGAUCCUGAAAAUAAAAGGGCAGCUUUUGUAAACCCACUCAAACCAGAGGGUCCAGAUGAAGAGGCGAUUUUUCGACAGGGUGAAAUAAACAAGAAGAGGCGUGUGGAGCUGAGCACAGCCUCUCUUCUUAAAGUGGCCCCUACGGCUGAGGAGAGGACUCUAAUUCACAACCUGUUCCUCAACACUCUAGACACACGACGGGUGAGUUUCCAUAGUCGUAUUCUACCACCAAAUUCGGUGUGGAUGGAAGAUGCCAAACUAAAAGGGCUUGAAAUUUGUCAUCCACAGGAAAGAAAUAUCUUCAACCGGAUAUUUGGUGGUUUUCUGAUGAGAAAGGCCUAUGAGCUUGGUCGGGCCAAUGCCUGUGUAUUUGCUGGAUGCAGACCAACGCCGGUGGCUGUAGAUGACAUCUUAUUUCAGAAGCCGGUAGAAAUCGGAUCCUUGCUCAUGUUGUCUUCGCAGGUUUGUUACACAGAAGGGAUGCACAUCCAGGUCAGGGUUCACACAGAGGUGCUUGACCCACUGACCCGGCAGCACAGUACCACCAAUGUAUUUCACUUCACAUUUCGUGUUGAAAAGGAUGUCCCAGCUGUUGUACCACAGAGCUAUGGAGAGUCUAUGCUGUACCUGGAUGGAAAGAGGCACUUUGGUGAGACUAUGAGGAACCAGUGUUGAGCAUUCUGGGAUGUGCUGAUAGGAUGAAAUACAUGAUAAAGCUUCACCAAUGUCCAUCACUACAGUUAAAUGAGUGUGUGUGUGUAUAUGUAAAUUCUGCCUUUAUUUUCUAAAUGUCUACUCUACAGCUGUUACAUGUAAGUAUUUAAUAAAUUUAGCAAUCACUAA